CGUGCGCUGAGGGGGUGACAAGUGCAGGAGAAAACUGUGGAGAUAUGGCAAAAGUGAUGAGACGAAGGAACUUAUCUUGGCUUACAGCCGCAUGAGGCGGGAGGGGAACAGUGGACCCCUUGUGGUUAUCCCGGGAAUCAGACGCAGGGAGCUUAACGCGUCCGACAGUGGGAGGCGACAGCCUGCGCCCUCCGCUCCUCGCUGACUCCAUCAGAGUUGCUGGCUGUUUGUUGUGGUCGGAGGAAGGCAUCAAAGAGUCGCAGAAAAAUAACAGCAAGCAGCAGCAGCAGCAAAUCAUGGAAGAUGAGAGGAGGAGGAAGAUGAAGGAGAAAUUUGGCCUGAGGCGGGACGUCCUGAAGGAGUUCCUGGCGGAGUUUCUGGGGAUCUUUGUCCUGAUACUCUUUGGAUGCGGUUCAGUGGCCCAGACGGUGCUGAGCAAAGGGGCUCUGGGAGAGCCGCUCACCAUCCACAUCGGUUUCACCCUGGGAGUCAUGAUGGCCGUCUACAUGGCGGGGGGAGUGUCAGGAGCCCAUGUGAACCCGGCCGUCUCUUUGGCCAUGGUGAUUCUGGGGAAGCUACCUGUGAAGAAGUUCCCGGUCUAUGUGGUGGCACAGUUCCUCGGAGCAUUUGCUGGCUCCUGUGCUGUCUUUGGGUUGUAUUACGAUGCUUUGAUGGACUACACCGGUGGAGAGCUCGCAGUUACUGGUGAAAAUGCAACGGCCAACAUAUUUGCCUCUUAUCCUGCAAAACAUCUCUCGGUGCUAAAUGGAUUUGUUGACCAGGUCAUUGCAACCGGUGCUCUGAUUCUGUGCAUCCUGGCCAUCACUGACAGGAAGAACAUCGGCGCCCCAAAAGGCAUGGAGCCGCUGUGCAUCGGCUUGAUCAUCAUGGCCAUCGGCGUCUCCAUGGGUCUGAACUGCGGCUAUCCCAUCAACCCGGCGCGAGACCUCGGCCCACGGUUCUUCACUGCCGUGGCCGGGUGGGGCAUGGAGGUGUUCAGAGCCGGAGACUGCUGGUGGUGGAUCCCUGUGGCGGGACCUAUGGUGGGUGGAGCGGUUGGAGCUGGGAUUUACUUUCUCUUCAUUGACUUGCACCAACCUGAGCCUCAGAAACACGAGGACAACAACGUUCAGGACAAAUAUGACAUUAUUACUAUGACUUAAAGUUUCAACUAAGAGAAUCAAAGCAAAGAAACCGAGAGAUAAUUAUUUAUCAAAACCAGAAAAAGUAUCUGUAACACUUUAUUUGAAGGGGUGUACAUAAGACUGACAUAACACUGUCAUAAACAUGACAUAAUAC